AUGACUCUCUCGCCGUUUGAAGAGCCGGAGCCCGAAGAGGCUCCACUGCCAACGAAGCGAUUGCGAUGGGCAACACAAAGGGUAACAGGGAAAAAGGGAAACAAAAAGCGCAUGUCAAUUAUCGAUCGUUUAGCUGCUCGUCGACCGUCCCAAAAUGAAAAAAACCGGAAUUCUGGUGGAGCUGAUUCAAUGGCGCCAUCAGAACUAGGCGGUAUUCAAGAGGAACCGGGAGAGGAUAUUGGAGACGAGGGAGAGCACGACCGAGACGGACAAGGCCCGAGAAAGAUCUUUUUCAAUCUCCCAUUACCACCGGAAGCCGUGGAUGAAGAGGGCCUUCCCAUCAAACACUAUCGGAGGAACAAGAUCAGAACAGCCAAGUACACCCCGAUAAGUUUUGUACCGAAGAACAUUUGGUAUCAGUUUCACAAUAUUGCCAACGUGUACUUCUUGCUUCUUAUUGUCCUUGCCUUCUUCAGUAUCUUCGGCGCAUCGAAUCCAGGCUUAAACGCGGUCCCACUAAUAGUCAUUGUCGUUAUAACAGCGAUCAAAGACGCCAUUGAAGAUUAUCGUCGUACUGUUUUAGAUAACGAGCUCAACAAUUCCCCGGUACAUAGACUUAUCGAGUGGAAUAAUGUCAACGUUAGCGAUGACGAUAUUUCAUUAUGGAGGAGGAUUAAGAAGGCUACGAGUCGCUUCAUUGCUACAACUUGGAGAAAGAUAAACAACAAAAAGGUACCCGGCCAGGAACAUGCAGAGCGAGCUAUGGACGAACCCCGGGAAUCCUACGAGACAAGAGCAGCAAGAAGAGCAUCGGCUUUCUCUGUAAACCCCCAAAGAGAGUCUUUUGCCUCGACGCGAGAUGACAUUCAGAUGACCCCAGUUCCUUCUCCACUGCCCCGCCCGGAUGGACUGGAAGUUCCUGACCGUCCGAAAACUGCCUUUUCAUAUGAUGGGGAAGCCCCUGCAGCCAAGCAUUUUGGGAGUUUGAUAAAUCCAAACCUCACCGCGAGUGGAAACGCUCGUUUCCACCAGGACUACUGGAAGAAUGUCCAGGUCGGCGACUUUGUUCGACUCUAUAACGAUGACCAGAUCCCGGCUGACAUUGUCAUUCUAUCGACUUCUGAUCCAGACGGAGCGUGCUACGUCGAAACUAAGAAUUUGGACGGAGAGACGAACUUGAAAGUUAGGCAUGCUCUCCGUUCCGGACGUACGAUUAAACAUGCACGAGAUUGUGAGAAGACGGAAUUCACAAUAGAGAGCGAGCCACCGCAGGCAAACCUCUACCAGUACAGCGCAGUUGCUCGUUGGAAUGAUCAGCCUUCGGGACAGCCGAUGGCCGAACCCAUAUCAAUUAACAACCUAAUCUUGAGAGGCUGCAAUUUAAGGAACACGGACUGGAUCUUGGGAGUGGUAGUCUUCACAGGUUUCGAUACCAAGAUCAUGAUGAAUGCUGGAAUAACCCCUAGCAAGCGCUCUCGUAUCGCCCGCGAGUUGAACUGGAACGUUGUCUACAACUUUGGAUUGCUUGUGGUCAUGUGCCUUGUUUCAGCUGUUAUCGAAGGUGUCAUCUUUGGGCAAGCAGACAACUCUAUAGCUUUCUUUGAAUUUGGUUCGAUUGGUAACACGCCGGGUCUCGAUGGAUUUAUCACCUUCUGGGCCGCCUUGAUUCUCUUUCAAAAUUUGGUCCCUAUCUCCUUGUACAUUUCUCUCGAAAUUGUCAAAACCUGCCAGGCCUUCUUUAUUUAUAGCGACACCGAAAUGUACUACGAGAAAAUCGACUAUCCCUGCACACCGAAAUCCUGGAAUAUCUCCGACGAUCUUGGCCAAAUUGAAUAUAUCUUCUCUGAUAAGACGGGUACCUUGACCCAGAAUGUGAUGGAAUUCAAGAAGGCUACAAUCAAUGGUGUUCCUUAUGGCGAAGCCUACACCGAAGCUCAAGCUGGCAUGCAGAAACGUCAAGGAAUGGACGUGGAAAAGGAGAUUGCAAAGGCGCGUCAAGAGAUCGGGAUUGCUCGGGCGAAAAUGCUGGUUGAGCUCCGGAAGGUUCAUAACAAUCCGUAUCUGCAUGACGAAGACCUGACAUUUGUCGCCCCCGAUUUUGUUACCGACCUUCAAGGCGAGUCGGGCCGUGAACAGCAGCGAGCGAACGAACAAUUCAUGCUAGCUCUUGCACUAUGCCAUACCGUCAUAGCGGAAACAACGCCAGGAGACCCGCCUAAGAUUGAGUUCAAAGCUCAAUCUCCCGACGAAGCUGCACUUGUAGCUACUGCCAGGGAUUGCGGCUACACAGUUCUCGGUAAUUCAGAAGAUGGCAUUCGAUUGAAUAUUCAAGGCGAAGACAGAUCUUAUAAGGUUCUCAAUACGCUCGAAUUUAACUCCACCAGGAAAAGGAUGAGUGCCAUUGUAAGAAUGCCGAAUAACAGGAUUGUUCUCUUCUGUAAAGGUGCCGAUAGUAUAAUUUACUCUCGUCUCAAGAGGGGUGAGCAGCCAGAGCUCCGCCAAACGACAGCUGAGCAUCUCGAGAUGUUUGCGAGAGAAGGCUUACGUACUUUAUGUAUAGCCCAAAAGGUGCUUGACGAAGAGGAAUACCAGCAAUGGAACAGAGAGCACGAGCUUGCAGCAUCAGCCAUCCAAGAUAGAGAAGACAAACUUGAAGCUGCCGCUGAUCUCAUCGAGCGAGAUCUGACACUCCUCGGAGGCACUGCUAUCGAAGAUCGCUUGCAAGAGGGUGUUCCAGACACCAUUGCCCUCCUGGCUGAGGCUGGAAUCAAACUCUGGGUUCUUACUGGAGACAAAGUUGAAACAGCCAUUAACAUCGGCUUUUCUUGCAAUCUGCUCAAUAAUGAUAUGGAGCUUAUCGUGUUCAAGAUUGAGGACGAACAACUGGUCACGGCUGAAAUCGAACUUGAUAAGCACAUGACCGCGUUCGGGAUCACUGGAUCUGAUCAAGAGCUUAAAGCUGCUAGGAAAAGCCAUACCCCGCCCGCGCCUACCCAUGCUGUUAUCAUUGAUGGCGACUCGUUAAAGCUGCUCCUCGACCCGAAAUUACGUCAAAAGUUCUUGCUUCUGUGUAAGAAAUGCAAGUCUGUGUUAUGUUGUCGAGUCAGUCCUGCUCAAAAGGCUGCCGUUGUCCAGAUGGUCAAGAAUGGUCUUGAUGUCAUGACUUUGUCUAUUGGUGAUGGUGCCAAUGAUGUUGCCAUGAUUCAGGAGGCUGAUAUAGGGGUUGGAAUUGCUGGAGAGGAAGGACGCCAGGCUGUUAUGUCAUCUGACUAUGCAAUCGGCCAGUUCAGAUUUCUCCAGAGACUUGUUUUGGUUCACGGACGAUGGUCGUACCGCCGACUUGCCGAAUGUAUUGCAAAUUUCUUUUACAAGAACAUCAUCUGGACCUUUACCAUCUUCUGGUAUCAGAUAUUCUGCAACUUCGACAUGACAUAUCUAUACGACUAUACCUAUAUUCUCCUUUUCAACCUGGCCUUCACAUCCCUACCUAUCAUUUUCAUGGGUGUUCUGGAUCAAGAUGUUAGUGAUAAGGUAUCUCUUGCCGUUCCGCAGCUCUAUCGACGUGGCAUAGAGCGGCUGGAGUGGACCCAAAAGAAGUUCUGGCUUUACAUGCUUGAUGGCUUUUACCAAUCCGUCAUCUGCUUCUUCAUGGCCUGGCUCCUGUUUCGUGGUGCAAACUUUGUCACCGAUAACGGACUAAACAUUGACGACCGGGAACGAUUUGGUGUCUAUAUUGCUCCAGCCACAGUCAUUGCUAUCAAUGUCUACAUCUUGCUCAAUACUUAUCGAUGGGAUUGGCUCAUGGUUCUUCUCGUCGCCAUAAGUAUCUUGCUUGUGUGGUUUUGGACGGGGGUUUAUUCAGCCUUCACCUCCUCUGAAUAUUUCUACAAAGCAGCCCCUCAAGCAUUUGGUCAAGCGUCAUUCUGGGCGUUAACUGCGCUCUCCAUUAUAAUGUCUUUGCUCCCCCGCUUCUGCAUCAAGGUGAUUCAGAAAGUUUACUUCCCAUACGACGUUGACAUUGUCCGCGAACAAGUCAGAUUGGGCAAAUACGACUAUCUCGACAAGCCUGAGAUAAACGAUGAUACCCAGUCGAAUGGUUCUUCUACAUCCUCUUCGGACAUGCCUAAGCCGAGUAAGCACACCUACUAUCCGAGCUUUGAUGAAGACCAACGGCCCAUUUACCCUCCUUCAGUUGCUCCCACCACCACCACACACAAUAACCGAAGCCAAAACGGCAGCGACGGAACCGAAUUUACCCGCCAUCGGCAGUCACUCGAUCUUCGCGGCGAGCCCGCUGCCGUUCGUUCCUCAAUGGACGAUCGACCAAGACCAUCCUUCGAUCGACUUCGUCAAUCAAUGGACCGCAUUCGCCCUUCUUUCGAGGCCAACAAUGACUUUACAUCUGCAGCAAUGUUGACGCGUUUGGAAUCAUCCCAUAAUAUUGGUCUUGCACAAAGCACCAGCAGAGGACACAAUGUCUCAAACGAAUUCUGA